AUGAUCAUCGGAGGAUCGCAGUACUGCAGCGAUACCAUCUCUGCCAUCAAAGCUUAUGAGCGCAAGGGUGAGAUAAGCGCAAAUUCGCUAACCUGGUCUGCGCCUAGCGACUUCCCGAAAGGAGUGAUCACUUUCGAUGAAGAAGAGGCCGGCGGGAUCGAUCAGCCCCACUGCGACCCGCUCGUGCUCGAUCUCGUGAUAAGAGAUCCCGAGGUCGCAAGAGUUCUCAUCUACACUGGUAGCACUGUCAAUGUCAUCGUACCAUCCCCCAAGCCGCUAACCGGUUUCGAGGGCAUGACAUCUAUGACUCUCAGAUCGAUCAAACCACCCGUUGCGGCGAAAGAAGUAACGAAGAUCGUCGAUUUCACAAUCGUUGACCAACCGACCAUCUACAGCGUCAUCAUGGGCACACUUUGGCUGAACGCCAUGAAAGCAGUCCCGUUGACUUAUCACUUAGGCCUCAAAUUCGCGACUCAUAACGGAAUUUCCGCAAUUUGGGGAUCCCAGACACAGUCGAGACGCUGCUUCCUGGCCGAACACAAACUACGGAAAAUCACGACCAUCUUGAUGGUGAAACCCAAGCGGGCAAAGCUAACUCAAACGACUACUGAAAACGCUUCAAAAGAAGACGACCCAGAAUCGUCAACUCAUGCAACAGCCAAAGAACAACCAGUUUCAAAGCCUAACGCUUCUACCGAACUGGAGGAAACAAACCCGGUAAAGGUCGUCGAUCCGGCAACUAACGCGAUUGACGCAAUAGACGAGUAA